AUGGAGGCUUUGCUGGAAGGAAUGCAGAGGAAUGGGCAGGGGGGCAGGGGGUUCUUGACUUCCUGCGAGGCUGAGCUGCAGGAGCUGAUGAAGCAGAUUGACAUCAUGGUGGCUCACAAGAAAUCAGAAUGGGAAGUGCAGACACAAGCCUUGGAAGCCUGCCUGAGUGCUCGAGAGCAGGAACUUGCCUCAGUCAGGGCUGCUCUGCAAGAAAAAGAAAAGGAGGUGCUGCUGCUACUCCACAUGGUAGAAGACUUGGAAAAAGCCAAACAGGACAUGGUUAGAGAAUUUGAACAACAGCUGAGGAAAUUUCAAGAGGAGUUGGCCAGGCUGAGGAGGAGCUAUGAGAAGCUGCAGAAGAAGAAGCUAAGAGAAGCUAAAGGAGAUGUUAGCAAGAGACAAGGGGAGGAUGAGUUUGAAAUUAGUUGCCUGACCAGGAAACUGGAGGAGUUCCAUCAGAAAUCCCUGGAGUGGGAGAAGCAGCGUGUGCUCUACCAGCAGCAGGUGGCAUCGCUGGAAGCCCAGAGGAAGGCUCUGGCUGAGCAGUCAGAGCUCAUGCAGAGCCAGCUUUCCAGUCGGAGGCAGAUGGUGGAGUCGGUGGAGCUGGGCAGCCAGUUGGAAAUGCAGCACUUAACCAGCAAGCUGGAGGGGGCCAGUGAUGCCCUCUAUGCCAGCAAGUUGGAGGUGGAGAGGCUUAACAUGAGAGUGGACAGCCUGACUGAAAGCAGUCAGAUGAUCCUGGAAGAUCAGCAAAGAGUUCAAGAAGAAUUAAGGCAGUCCAAGAAAAUGUUAGAGGUGCUACAGGAUGAGAAGAUGGAGCUUAGAGCUACUUUGCAGGCUCAGGAGGAUUUCAUGGACCGCUCCAAGCUGCUCCAGGAACAGCUACAGAAAGAGCUGGCCAGGGUGACAGAAACUCUUCACAGAAAAGAACUCCUCAUCAGGACCUUGGAGGAACGCUUGCAAGAGAAACAAGUGUCCUCUCUGGGGCUGGAGGAUGGACUCCUGCAGCUGGAGGAUGCCCAGCAGAAGGAACAGCACUUGCAGCCAGAAAUGACUCACCUGGAGGACAGCCUGGUGUCUUCAAGCUGUGCACACCUGGGUGGGGAGCUGCAGGAGAGGAGCCAAGAGCUGCAGGCACUGGAAGGACACCAUCCUGAGUCCAAGGCAGAGAUGGAAAAGCUGAAAGAGCAGCUCUCUCAGGCUGAGCAAAUUCACAGCAGUGAGCUAGAAGAGAUGAAAAGGGAAAUCUCCAGGUUGACACAGGAGCUACAGCAGCGGGACAUCACAAUUGCAUCUGCAAGUGGCACCACAUCUGACCUAGAACAACGGCUGAGAGCAGAGUUUGAGAGAGCAGAGAUUGAAAGAGCAGAGAGGAAAGCUGUGGAGCACAGGGUACUUCUGGUCCAGCUGGAAACCCUGAGGUUGGAAAACCGCCUUCUCUCGGAGAUGCUAAAGAAGGCGGAGUGUGGAAUGCUUGAGGGAAAAGGUGUCACCCUGAAAGCACUGACUGAAGACUAUGCUGCUGAACUUAAUACAUUAAAAUCUGAGAACCAGCAAUUGAGGAAGGAUCUUGCAGAGGCCAGAGCAAAAGUGGAGCUUGCUCAGCAGGUCUGCCAGGAUGAGGGCACUGCUCAGCAGCUGCAGGACAAGGAGCCUGAAGCCAGGGACGUGCAGUACAGGGUGACUCGGGAAGCACAGCACAAACAUGAUGAGCAAACAGAGAGGAUACCCCACACAGCUGAUGGGACUGUUCUGCACCAUCAAGGGGAGCCCCAGAGGUGGGGGGCUGCUGAAACAGGAGCUGUGACCCCUGCGACGGGUGAGCUGCCCACCCAGAGCUGCAGGGAGAACUGCUUGGAGUCAUCUGCUUUGGGUGCUGUGCUGGGAGUGGAUUCUUUGCUCCAUGUGCUGGAUGGAAACAAGGAUUUUGCAGGGGAAUCACCCAAGCAGUCCAUCCUGGAUGAUCAGAGGGCAUCUGUGCCUUUGUGCCUGCUGCCUACAGCUUCAGUUGGAUCAAUAGCUGCCAGAUACCUGAAAGAGGAAGAACUGAGAUCCCAGCACAUCCUAGAGUGCCUGAAUGCUCACAUUGAGGAACUGAAGAAAGAGAGUGAAAAGAUAGUGAGAGAAUUUGGACACCAGGAGUAA